GCAUGCACGAAAUUAAGUAGUGUUAUUUGCUAUUAAACGUACCGGGGACAACAUUCCCGACGGAUCCGUUUUGGCAACAGGUGAAAUUGACGAAAUCGUGUUUCUGUAAUUGUAUCCUUGAGCCAAAAAAUUAGCCAGAUAAUGAUGAACAAAUUUCAAAAUUCUCUAACAAUUUAAUACAAAUAAUUACCAUGGAUGACUUAGCAGAAAGGCAAAUUAGAGCUGCAAGAACAUUGUUCAAUCUUGCUCACUGUUAUUUGAAAACGACAAAAAUUGAUGUUGAAGAAGAAAAAACAAAUUUAAACGAUGAAAAAGAUGAAAAAGAUGAAGUAAUAAAAAAAGAUAUCCAACAAAAAGAAAAGGAAGAAGCAAAUAAAAAUAAACGUAAAAAAUUUGUCAAAAAAAAAAAAAAAAAAAAAUGUAGUUCGGACAAUGAAAUAGAAUUAUACCUAGAAGUGCAAGUCGAUUCAAACUAUCAACAACAAUUAUGCACUGAUGUACAAAAUAUAGAUUUAAAUAAAGCACCACAAAAGUCUGAAAUAGAAAUAGAUUUAAAAAUCGAAAUUCCAAAAGAACUCGAAAGUUCGUAUCUUGACAAAGAAAAGCAUUUUGAAGAGGAAGAUGAAAAAAAAUCAAAAAAAAAUAAGCAAAGAGAAAAUAAACAAGAAUUAAUUAACCGAGAAAUAAGUGAUGAUUCAAAAUUUCAGCAUAACACAGAGAAAGAAAUAAAACAAAAUAUAAAUAAAGAUAAUGUAUGCAUAGACUUGGAUGGAAAAAAUAUCGAAUGUGGUAAAACACAAAAUCAAAUACAAAAAGGGAUUGAAAUCGAAUCACAAAAAAAAGAUAAUAGUGACAUUUUACUAGAACUUGAAUUACAAGAACAGCAAAAUAUACAUGAAAAUUUAAUAGAUUCAUUUCAUAGGUCAAUUCAAAAACGGAUUGAACGACUUAUAUGUGAAAUACCUUUAAAACAACAAAAAAUAGAAAAAGAACUACGUCAAGAACUUGAAAAACUUAAUAAAGAAAUUACAGAACUAGAUCCAGAAAAUGUAGAUGAAUUAAAAAAAGAAAUUUUAGAAGAAGUUUCUAAAAAGGACUAUUUUCCCGUUCAAAUAAAAUUUUUAAAAAAUCUCUAUUGUUCAUUUAAUCAGGAUUUAACACCCUUUUAUAAUAAAUUAGACCAAUUAAGCGAUGAUCUAACACAAACAAGUAUACAGCAAAAAUUGAAUACAGAAUUUUUAAAAAAAUUAGAUAAUUUAUUGCAACAAAAAUGUAAUAAAGAAACACAGGAAGGGGUUAAUGAAGCAGAAAGAAUACGAAAUCAGUUUAAAAAAAUCGAUGAAAAAGAGAAUUAUAAAUAUUAUGAUUUAGUUAUACAAUAUAAUCAAGAAACAUCACAAGAACUAAAAGGAAAUGCACAGAAUGUUUUAGGAAAAAAUGUAUCAGUUGACUUCUAUGAUGAUGCAGUGAAAACACUUAUAAAUCAAACUAAUCAAGAUGCAUUAAAAUCAAAAAUAUGCAAGGAAGGAAUAGAUGUCAUCGAUCAAACACAAAAAAAGGGUAAUACAAAUAUACAGUUUCAAUUAGAAUUUUACAAAAGUGUAGAAGUUGAAGAGAAAUUACAGAACAAAAAUGAUUUUGAAGGAAAAAUAAACAGUGAUCUUGAAAUAAAAACUAAAGAAACAAGAACUGAGGUAAAAGAAGAUACUGAUGUGGAAAUAGAAGACUUCGAAGAAGAAUUACAAGAUUAUUCUAAAAUUUCGAAUGAUGAACAUUUUGAAGCAGUGAAUGAAAUAACAAAAUUAAAAAUUGAAGCAUUGGAAACAGAAAUAAUAGAAGAUUUUGGACUAAAAAUCGGAGAUUCUGAAAAAGAAGUACAAGAAGAUUCUGAUGUGGAUAUCGAAGGCUUUGAAGGAGAAAUAUUAGAGUUUCCUGAGGUUAGAAUUGAAGACUUUGAUGAAGAAUCACAGGAAAAUACUGAUGUAGAUACAGAAGAUGUAAGUGAAGAAGAGAUCAAUGAUAUAAAUGAAGUAGUAGAAAUAGUUGAAGAUAUAGAAGUAGAAUCUAAUUCUUCUGAAGACAAUUAUAUUCCAUCAGAAAAAUCACCUACUACAACAUGCAAUGAAUCGCAUUUAAAAAUCGAUCCAAAUGCUGAACUUACACACGGAGAAGAAAAAAAUUUAAAAAAAAUCGAUUUAUCUAAUCCUACAAUAUUAACAGAUCAUAUUAAAGAGAAACAGACAUUUUUUGAACUUAAAAAUCAAUUAGAUGAAUUAUCCCAAGAAUAUAAAGGUUAUGUGCAACAAAAAGUGUUUGAUGAAUUACAACAAGAAAUAGAUGAUAAGCAGUUACAAGAAAUGAAAAUAUUUCCAGAUACGUUUAAUGAAGUAAACUUAAACACAAAUGAAGAUUUUCAAAAAGAAAUUGAUGAAUUACAAAAUGAAUGGUGUCAAUUAGAACCAGAAUUUGUACGCGAUGUUCCGUUAAGUUUUGAAGAGGACAAUUCUAGUCAAAAAUUAAAAAAAAAACCAUACAAUUUGUUCGAAAGAUUACAUUUUCUUCACAGAAAACUAUUAUGUAAAUUUGCCAAUUCCAAAGAAUGGCCAGAGAAUUGUUUUCAACCAUCAAGUUUGCUGGAUGUUUUGUUUGAUGACCCUACUGAGUUCAAACCAAAUGUAUUGGUGCUUAUAUUGCAUUCUAUAGAUAAAGGUUAUUCAAUAAAAAUUAACACGGACAAGAACUUGAAAUCACCAAAAGAAUAUUUUUUCAAUUAUUUUAAGGAUACAAUAUUGGAAUACAUGGAAAAUGAACAUCUACCACCAGAUUUGUUGGAUUUAUUAGAUAGUGCUGAGCCCAGAUUAUUUUAUUCUGGAUGUGUUAUAGCAGAAAUUCAUGAUCAAGUAGAUGAGAUUCCAGGCCGAGUGUAUAGGUUAUUACUGCGUCCUUUUAAUAUGUCCAUUCAAAGUGAUGUAAACCGUAUAAUUGCUAAAAAUAGUCACCCUACUGACACUAAUUAUUGGUCAUAUAAAAAAAGACUAAAACUAGAAAGUAUAUUGCUUAAAAAAUCGUAUCCAGUUAUGUGUAUGGAUUCGUCACCUAUUGCUGGUCUAGUAGUUAAUUUACAACAUCAAAUGUUAAGUUGUCGUACUAUAGUACUAAAUCCACUUAAGAGGAAAAAUAACUUUUCAAAUCAAAAACUUUUGAAAACAGAAUUUUACAAUGAAUCUAAUGACAACAUAAAAACAUCAAUGCUGUCAAAUAAACCACAAAAAGAAUCUUCAAAAUUAAUGGAUACCGAAAACAUGAAUAUUGAAAACUAUAUCUUAUGGAAAUUUGAUUUUCGUAUAAAAUCGUUAAACCUUUUCAAAUUGUUUUUAGUAAUUAUAACAGAAACUCAAGAAUUUUCUCUAUUAUUAUGCACAAAUCCAAAGGUUGAUUCUGUUAAAAAGAUGCGGUUUAAGAUACAACUUAAGCAAAAUGAAUUGAAAACCUAUAUUAUUAUUAUGCUAGAAGUUCUACGGCAAAGAAUUAGUCCUGAUAUAGAAGUAGUUCGGAGAUAUAAAUGUCAGGCUAAUUCAGCUCCUCUUUCGUUAAGGAUUGUUCCAUCUCUGUUUAAUGACAAUGUUUUUAAAGCAAAUCAUGCAGAUAUUAGUCAGUUGAUAGACAUAUUUAUAAAUAACACACAUAUUAAAUAUAUACCUAUAAAUAAGAUGUUGGAAAAUAUGUUUAAACAUAAAAGUGAGAUAACUGAAUUUGAAUCUGAAAAAAGCGAUUUAUCACUAAUGAAAAAUAAAUUGGCUGCUGAUACUCAUAAGACUGUUGAAACAAAAGAGACUUCUAAAGGUCUAGAAAUUAAAAGUAUGCAGUUUUGUACAACAAAAAAGUUAUCUGCCAGUUCAAAUAAAUUUUUAGAUUUACCAUCAAUUGAUUUAUUAUUAGACAAAAUGACUGAUUCGUCACCAUUGCAAACUCAAAUCAUACCAAAAGAUAUUUUAUUGGAUAAUGGUACUAUACUUAAUUAUGUAUUUAAUUUGACAGAUUUGUCAAAAUUGAAUUCAAUAGACAAAAUAGCUGAUUUUUCAUCAUUACAAACUCAAACCAUACCAAAGGACAUUUUAUUGGAUGAUGAUAUGCCUUUGUUGAGAGAAAAGUUGACCAUUAGAGAGACAGACUCCUCUCGCGAACCAUCAUUAAUAAUGCCAAUACUUAUUGUUUCAAAAAACGAUAAUUCUUCAGAUUUAGUCCAGGAAAAUUUAGUAUUGGUGUCAAAUAAUUCUAUGGUUCCAGUACUUAGUUUUAUUACAUCUACUAUACCAUUUGAAUCAAGCCCCGCAGUUGUGUUAUCAAGUUUAUCAACAAUUAAUUCACUAGUUACAAGUAUUAAAACUUACAUGUUACCUAUUGAGUCCUCAAGUUUGGGUUAUAUAGCAAAAUCUGAAAGCAUGUCUUUACAAACUGAUGAAAAUUCAACAUUUAAUGAUGAUGAUGAUGAUAAUUAUACCAAUAUUAAAUUAUUACCAGAUAUGCAAACAGAGGAUUUAAUCCAUUUAAUGAAAGUAGAUGAUAUUGCAGUGAAUAUGUUUUAUGGUAUAAAUCCAGUAACGCCCACAAAAUGUAAUGAUGAUACUAUCACGAUGAAUUCAAAUGAAAAUAUAUUCACAAUGGUUUCAAAUUCUGAUUAUGUAAAAAAUAUUUCAAUGUUUAUCAUUUUUGUUUUAGAAAUAUUUGAAGACAAAUACAUGUUAAGAUGUCUUCAAUUAUUUCAUCAAAACCCAACACUGCCAGAUAUAUCUAUUCAGCCAGAUAUAUCUAUUCAGCCAAAUAUAUCUAUUCCCCAUGAUACACAGGUCGACCCUUAUACCAAACCUGGUUUUUCAAAUGAUUCAUUGACAAAUAGUGAUCCAUUUAGUGCAUUAAAUGCAUUAUUGGAUGAAAUAUUAUUGUCAACAAGUAAUUCGAAUAACGAAGAUAAAUGUCCAGAUACAUAAAAGUAAGACUUGCAGACAAUAUUAUUGUUUUGAUACUACUUCAUUUAAAAAAA